AUGUUGAAAAACUCAAAAUCAAUCAAGGAAAAGCUAAAUAUUCCAGUACUUGUUCCAAAGAAGAAACCUGCACCCAAGCAGAAGCCGAGACCCAGAUCGAAGCCGCCUAAAAAGGAACCUAGCUUGCCGACACGUAAAUCCCUGCGCAUACGAGGUUUUAAACCGGAUGGUUCCGAGGCUAAGAGAAGGGCCGAAGAAGAAGCAAAGGCCGAGAAGGUGGCAAUAGAAAAACGCGCUCGAAAAGAGGGAGAUCUUGAUUUGGGUUCCGUACGUUCGGAAGACAUGUCACUUGACGACGCAAAACAUUUCCUCGGGGUCUUGAGGGACUUGUCAAAAACCAGGACGGAGAGUGAAGUUGAAGGCAUAAAAAAUGAAGACAUCGAUUAUAGCACCGUGGUGGGCGGUGAGCAUGGUCUCAGAUCAGUUAGACGGGUGUACAGGACAUUGAUCAUGGGCCAACGAUGGACGUCCGUCAACGUAACUCCGGAGAGGAUCUAUUGUAUGGCCGUUCAUCCUGCAACGGACAAAAUAUUGGUUGCUGCUGGGGACAAGGUCGGCUCACUGGGUUUUUGGGAUGUCAGGGAUAAGGUGAAAUCAGAGGAUGAUGACGAGGACGAGCCGCGAACUUUUAUGUUUGAGGCACACACGAAAACCAUAAUUUCAAUUAAAUAUUUACCGGUCGAUUCCAACCAGCUCUUCACGUGCUCCUACGAUGGAUCGAUCCGUUUCAUGGAUCUCAAUAAGGCGAAGUUCGUGGAAGCGUUGGUGUCCAGGGAUCUUUUGUCUUGCAUUGAUUUUCAUCCCAAUUCCAAGGUGAUGUAUUUCUCAACAAAUGACGGCAAAUUCGGUAUAAAGGAUCUUCGCGAGCCUGUCGAGACAUAUGAGGAGUAUAGUUUACACGAUAAAAAGAUCGGAUGUAUAUCGAUCAGCCCGACAAAACCGGAGCUCCUCGUUACCUCUUCAUUGGACAAAUCCAUUCGACUUUGGGAUGUCCGCAACCUAAAAGAUGCGGAGACUCUGAUCCAGGAGGUUCCAUUCAAGUACUCGGUCACAAGUUCUUAUUGGAGUCCUAACGGUGAUCAGGUUGUCUCCACCAGUUUUGAUGAUACGGUGAGGGUAUUUGACUUGGAUGAAAGGAAUUUGAAAUUACGUUUGACCAUUCCUCAUGACAACCAAACAGGAAGGUGGGUGACCAUGCUCCGUGCGACAUGGCAUCCCAAUCCCAACGUUCAUCCUCACUUCAUCAUUGGCAAUAUGAGAAAGUCCGCGGACAUCAUCUCCGGUAUAAAUGGCGAGUUAAUCUGGAACAUGCGGGAUAAACAAUUAACCACCAUACCGGCCGUUAACGCAUUUCACCCAUCGCUUAAUUUCAUCGCGAGUGGAAAUGCAUCCGGAAAGAUGUUCUCGUGGGAGGAGAGGGACGGAUCGGAUCUCAAGGCCGUCGAAAACCAGGGACACUGA